UCCCUGUGCAAUGUGCCUCUCUGAGCCAAUGCUGCUGUAGCCGGCAGCUGACGUGUCACCACCAGAGCCGCAAAGUCUCUGCACCCACACACUCUGGCAUGUUGGGAGAGAGGCGGGGGGGGGGAGGCCCAGCCAUGACAUCACCAAAGGAAUAGGCAUCUGUGCAGCCAAGAAACCGGGGGCGUUAGCAGGCGCAGACUCCUCCUCAUCCUCCCCCCCUCGCCGUCAACCGGCUCUGCACUGCGCUACGCUCCUCGCCGCGAGGGCGGCGCGCACAGAUGGCGACGCGCGUGGCGGGGAGGGAUUUCCACGCUGCUCCCCGUUCUUCACCAUCGCCUUCCUCGCCCUCCUCCUCGCGCCCCCUUAAAGCGAGAUGAAGGCAAGGCGCUCGGCUCGCCCGGCCAGCGAGGAGAGAGAAGGGGGAGCGAGCGGCGAGGGGAGCGAACGAGGAGCGGAAUAGGACAGCGGAGGGGUUGUGUCCGAAGCGUGCGCGCCACUUCACGACGGUGUUCUCCGGUCGCGUAAACGCCGCAAAGCAACGGAGCGGGUGGCUCGACUGACGGACGGACUGCGCUAGCGGAUACAACAACACAUACAUACACACAUACAUACACACAUACAUACACACACAUACACACACACGCGCGCGCGCAUAGAUACUGCAUAACCCAAAAACCAAACGCAUAGUCGCAAACACUUAAGCACACGUCUAAAAAAAAACACACGCACAACCACAACAACCAUACACUGUCACAGCUAGAAACACCCACCACAUCAUAUGCACACUCAUACACACUCACAGCUCUAAACACCCAGCACACCACACACACAUACACAACUAUAAACGCCGACCACAGAACACACACAAACAAAACACAAACACCCAUCUUGCACACGCGCAAACACUCAAGGACACAACACACACAUACAUAACCACACACACACACAUGCGCAGUCCUGUGUGCUCCUGUAGUAGGACACAGCAGUUGAAGGUUGAGACGCUGCAGCAAGGAGCGAGUCUGUCAUUCGGCGUGACUGAAUCAGAGAUUAUUAGAUCAACAGAGAGAACGGGGUGGGAGGGUGUGAGAGAGAGAGAGAAACUGGGCUCUUCCCGGCGUCACCCGUGGCGUGACAUCCAAGAGGGUCCUGCACCAUGGAUAGCACCGCAGUGGCCAACUGCGCUCAGGACGUAACCGUCUUGUGCCGACCGACUGCCGGAGGCCACGGAGACGAAACGAUGUGCAGUGGCUUCUCACCGUCGAGCUCCUGCCGUUCCACCACCUCGUCCUACUCAUCCCUAUCGUCGUCGUCUUCAUCAUCGUCGUCGACAUCGUCACCCAAGGCUUCAUCCUCUUGCUCGUCUCCCUGCGCCGGCGCGGACAUCGGCGGCGACGCGUCGCGCGGACGGGCCGCGAUGGAGGAGGGCGAGAGCUGGCUCCUCGGCGAGGUGGAUAGGUUGAGUCGGGAGCUGGCGGAGACGAGCAAGCAGAAGAUCCAGGCUGCCGAGUACGGCCUGGUCGUGCUGGAGGAGAAGCAGAUCCUGCAGCAGCAACACGACGAGCUGGAGCAGGCGUGCGAAGUCAUGCGCAAGGAACUGCAGAUCCUCAAGGAGGCGUUUGGGCAGGCGUACUCGAACCACAAGCGCGCGGCGGAGGACGGGGAGACGCGCGAGGAGACGCUGCUGGAGGAGUCGGCGACGCGCGAGGCGCUGCACCUGGCACGGGGGCUGCGCCUCGAGGGCGAGCUCAAGGCGGCGCGCACGGCGCUCAGCAACGCCCUCGCCGACGUCGAUCGACUCGCCACGCUCGCCACUCAGCUCAAGGAGAACUCGGAGAAGCUGGAGCGGCAGCGCAGCUGUCUGCGCGACGAGAUCAAGCAGUACAAGGUGCGCGAGUCCCGCCUGCUGCAGGACUAUGGGGAGCUGGAGGAGGAGAACAUCUCGCUGCAGAAGCAGGCCUCCACACUGCGCCAGAACCAGGUGGAGUUCGAGGGGCUCAAGCACGAGAUCCGGCGCCUGGAGGAGGAGACGGAGUUCCUCAACAGCCAGCUGGAGGAGUCCGUGCGGCUCAAGGCGAUCUCUGAGCGGCAGCUGGAGGAGGCGCUCGAGACGCUCAAGUCGGAGCGCGAGCAGAAGAACGCGCUGAGACGCGAGCUCGGAAACUACGGCUCCGUGACCGGAGGCGGCGGCGCUGGGGAGGUCAUCCAGGGCCUCUUCUCCAAUGGUCACCACCAGCAGCAGCAGCAACAGCAGCAGCAGCCCUUAGGGAUGUCGGCGCUGGAGCUGAGCUCGGCGCUGGUUGGUGGCCCGUCGCUGGCGGAGGAGGACGCGCCGAACGGCGAGGGCCCCUCCCUCAACGGCCACGGCCGCAGCAACGGCCACGCCGAGGGCACCGGCGCCCCUGGCGAUCAGCGCUCCGCGCCGGCGCCCAGCCUCGUGUCGGACCUGCUGAGCGAGCUGAGCUUCAGCGAGAUGAAGAAACUGCAGCAGCAGCUGUCACAGAUGGAGAAGGAGAAGGCCUCGCUGCUGCUCAACCUGCAGGAGUCGGAGAAGCAGCUGGAGCAGACGAGGGGCGUGCUCUCGGAGCAGCACGAGCGCGUGAGCAAGCUCGCGGAGCACGUGCAGUCGCUGAGCGGCCCCGGCGCCGCCGCCGACGGCCGGCAGACGGACGCGGCCGACGCGACGUCGCACGAGUUCGGCGCCCUCGUCGCCGACCUGGCCCGGCUGCAGGAGGACCUGAAGAGCUCGCGGGCGCUCGGCGAGGAGUACAGGGAGCUCUUCGACAAGGAGCGGACGAGGCACGAGCGCGAGCUGGUCGCCGUCGGCGAGAAGCUGCGCUCCCUCGAGCGGGAGAACCGGAGCCAGCGCGAGCGCAAGCUGGGCCUCGAGAAGGAGGUGCAGAGCCUGGCGGCGGCGGCGGCCGAGAGCCAGGGCAGCCUGAGCGUGGCGCAGGAAGAGCUGGUGACGUUCACCGAGGAACUGGCCGGCCUCUACCACCACGUGUGCCUGUGCAACAACGAGACGCCCAGCCGCGUCAUGCUCGACUUCUACAAGGACCCGAGGAGCCGGCGCUCGCCGACGCCGGCGGCCAAGGACGCGGAACAGCCGGGCGGCGGCGGCGGCGGCGGCGGCGCUCCGCUCCGGCGCGGCGAAAAGGGCGCCGUCGUGGCGACGGACCGCCCUGCGGCGGCGCCGUCGCCGACCGCCGAGCUGCGCCGGGAGCCGAUGAGCGUGCACAGCCUGGUGUCGGUGAUCCGCGACCAGGUGCACCACCUGCAGCGCGCCGUCGAGCGCUCCGCGGCGCUGUCGCGGCAGCGGGCGCAGGCGGCGCACGACGCCGCGCCGCCGUCCGGCGACCGCGAGGCGCUCAUGGAGGAGAUCCUGAAGCUCAAGUCGCUCCUGAGCACCAAGCGCGAACAGAUCGCCACGCUGCGCACCGUGCUCAAGGCCAACAAGCAGACGGCCGAGGUGGCGCUGGCGAACCUGAAGAGCAAGUACGAGAACGAGAAGUCCAUGGUGGCCGAGACGAUGAUGAAGCUGCGCAACGAGCUGAAGGCUCUGAAGGAGGACGCGGCGACGUUCUCCUCGCUGAGAUCCAUGUUCGCCACGCGGUGCGACGAGUACGUGUCGCAGCUCGACGAGAUGCAGCGCCAGCUGAACGCUGCUGAGGACGAGAAGAAGACGCUCAACUCGCUGCUGCGCAUGGCGAUCCAGCAGAAGCUGGCGCUCACGCAGCGCCUCGAGGACCUGGAGAUGACGGACGUGGACGGCUCGCGACGCGUCCGGGCCCGGCCCCGCGUCGCCGCCGGGUCGACCGCCGCGGUCGCCGCGUCCCACUCCAAAUUUCUUGCCGUGCGCCACCACUCCAUGCUGGCUCUCUCCUCCAGCCACUCCUCCCACGGAGGCGCUCUUGGCGUCGCUCGCGAGAGCGCUAGCUCGUCCCGCCAAGUCAAGACGCGCUUGGGUCACGCGCCGCCGGAGCCGUCGCCGCUCGGCGCAACAAACUCGGGCCUAGCCAGGCCUCCGCCGUCGCUCUCCGGGACUCACUCGGAGCCUCGCACCAGGCCCUAGGCCUUGCGCGUAAACCGAGGGCUUGGGUCUUCGAUUGUGCAACCGUAGGCGACACGACAACAGAGUGGUCCGCGCCAGGCGGGUCGCCGGCGUUCAUGUGCGCGGUGUUUUAAUUAAUUACGAUUUUGACUUGCGUUUAUUCGGGAACCCAAGGUCCCGCCAUAAGGUUCAAAUGUAUACAGCAUCCAAAUAUGACUGUACCGAGUCUUCCAUCCGUUUAAAAAGGCAAGAGCCCUCGCUCUGCCUCCACUUCAGCAAACGUUGAAAUUUUCCCACGACGAGAAGACGUCAUAGAGACAUUGUGCUGCGUUUACAUGAUUAGCAGCUUUAGAGGUGGUAUUGAUAAAUUCAGGUUAUUUUCUCUUUACAUUUAGAAAUACGGAAAAAAAUUCUUACUUGGUCUACUCAGUCAAAAGUAGACAUUAACAAUUACAGUGAGCACAUCGAUGAUCUAGGAUUCUUAACAUAACGCUUGUAUUUGUUACUACAAUUUUUAACACUCGUUAAAUUAAAUAUCAGGGGACAGUUAAUACAGAGACUCGUGUAUGUAUUAUGCGCAAUAACAAUUUAUUAAGUACAUUAUUACUGUCGUUUUUGGCCAGUUAGAAGCCAAAUAUUAUUGGUCACAAAAUAAUCUUGGUUUUAGAUAUUCAGGACCAUCAAUGCCUAUUGUUAAUGCAGGAGGCACUUCAGCAUAUUAAUUGAACACAAGAUGAAAGUCUCACAAACUCUAAUAACCGGAUGUUAUUUCAUCGACAGGAUUAUAACGCUAUCAACCAAAGACUAACGGCAACGGAGGAAACUUUGAGUCGAGAAAGAAAACCCAGAUUUCCAAAUUCGAUUUAAAUCGGGACUCACGCAAGGCCUCACCGGCUUUUCAUGAACUUGCAAAUAGUUGUAUUUUAUUCCAUUUUCGGUCAAACGCCGGUUUGGUUGGAACCUCUGAACAGACAGAGAGAGCGGUGAAAACAGCCAUGCACUCUCGGCCAGCAAUUUACCCGCUAAAAAUGUAUGUUCGGUUUCCGUCCGAAACAAACGCUCCCCUCAGGUGUCCGGCUUACAUCCUCCAUGCCACCUUGAGCUGCGUCUAUUUCGAUUUUUUGAUCCCCCCCCCCCCCGCUGUUGACGUUUUACCCGAUGUUGUGUUAUUGUUUGUUUGUCCCGCCCGCCUUUGCAUUGCCGCUUUGUCUUACGUUUAAAAACAACAACCGGCAUUGUUUUCUCCCUCUUUACAGGUACCUUGGCAUUGAAUUAGGGUAGUCGUUCGUCUUGGCCGUAGCGACCCUUGCGUGAGUGUGCGGGGCGCGUGUCGUAGCGACGCGUGUUUAACAGGCGGUUACCCCCGUGACGUGAACACCGAUUCGGGUUCGUCGCCCACUCUGUUUUCAAAUUAAAUCAAAACCCCUCGUUUUGUACGAUCGUGAUCCAGGAUUGCACACCCGACGGCAAAAGUAUUACCCGCGCGUUGUUUUCUACGUUGCGUUUGAGCAGUCAUUUAAUGCAGACUUUCACGUAUUUUAAAGUGUUACGAAAAAAAUAUGCAAAGUUGCGCAGUUUCAGCAUUCUUUGUAUUGCGGUACAUUUACGAGAAGUGAUUUUUUUUUUAAAGAUACGAACAAAAAAAAGAAUACGGUUAGCGUGCGUUUUCAAUUGCACAAAGAGAAAAAAACUAAACUUUUUCUAUCGUGGGCAAUGCAUACCCUUCUGUUAAAUUGGUUCCAAAUUGGAAUGUUUGAAGUGGCACUGCCCAUCGCAGUGAUCGUCAGAUUUUACCUGCAUGCAGAGUAACGAGACAGAUAAUUCUUACAACGUUUGAAACUUCGUUUUGCUUUGAUACCAGUUGUGCCUUGUUUAUAUAUUUCAAUCACUUUAGCGGUCUUGCCACUUGCUAUUUCUAAACAAUUUGCACCUGCUCGCAGAUGCGUACUCAUUUUUGUUGUGGGUAUUUUAAAUAUUUAUUUUAUUGUUUUAUUAUUACGGUUUUCUUUACCGACUUUUUAAUGUCCUUAACGAAAGUAGACUACAGCUUACUGUAAAAAAAAAAUAAACAUUGUUUUCCUAAAAAUCUCUUGCAAAACAGAGGCCUAUGUUUUAGUUGAAAUAACAGCUCGCAAUUUGGUAAAGGCCAAACAGAAAUUUGCAAAAAAAACAGGUAUGCUGUUUGAAGCAUAGUCCUUGGAUAUUAAUAGCUGUUACAAAUAUGUUUUAAGUGUAUGAAUAUGCGUAAUUAUGAUGGCAAACUUGAACCCAUCGUAUUGCGCUUUAAGAAAGCUUAAAGCACAACAAUGUUCCGUUUGACCUCCGUGGUGUUCGUUUGUGUUGCUGAAAUGGAAAAAAAAAACGUCGAGCGUUUCACUCUCCCAUCGCUGCUCGAGUACGACUUGGGCAGCAGCCGUUUUUUUUUAAAUUUUCCAAUCAAAAUAAACUAUCACCUUCACGCCAUGCAAAGCAAAACUUUAUUUAAACGUUACAAAAAAUAAAGCGCAAAAAAAUAUCAUAUAUCAAAAAGAAUACGAUUAACCAAACCGUUUUUGCGAUAUUUAUUGUUAUAAAAAAAAAAAUAAGAAAUACUACUACUUUUGUUUACAAUUUUAAAAACGAAAACCUAAAAAAAGAAAAAAAAUCCGAUUUGGAAAAGUUGUUGGGAGUUUUAUCACGGGAUGGUGCUUCCAUGAAAAUCGUUGCCUCGUUGCUGGCACAUCUCGGGACGAUGAGCCUUUGCAGUGCACGCGCGCAACAGACCACCGUCACCCUCAUAGGCUGUGCAAUGCUAUCACCAAUGCUAGACAACGUGUGUGCGAUUUGUUAUGGCACGUAGAUGCACAUUGCUAGUAGGCGGCAAAGUCUUGAGCCCAGGGAAAUGCACGGAAGGACCAAAAAUACAAUUACAAUGCAAUGGAUGUGGAAAUGCUUUAUCUCUCUCUAUUUUCAUUUAUUUACGAAAAAUUAUGGACGUUGACAAACCAUAAAUAAUUCAACUUUAUACAAACUAAAAGAGAGGAGUGAUAAAAAAACUCACAGUGAUCAUCAUUAAUGCUGCUUUAUAACAGACUGAUUUUUUUUGGCAAUGGCACUUUCAUUCAAGCCGAGAGAGAGAGAGACGAGGCAAAGAGAUGUAUUGACUUAUAGUUGAUAGACUUAUAGUUGGAGAUCGCAUUUUACACCGUGGGGCCCUGCUGUGAAAACUGGGAAAUGUUUUAAGAAAGUUAUUGUUCACAUGUUGAGCAGUUUCCUACCAGUAGACACUUUGAGUGUCAAAUGCACCAUCAGGGCAUCAAAACCGAAUUGUAUAUUUCAAGCAAGAAUUGUCAAAUUUCCACAUUAACCACUGUCAUCGUGGAAAUAACCAGUUGGCGGUGCAGUACCACCGAUAGGUGUUGUGAACUGGCUAAUGUGGGGGCGAAGUUUGACCGAGCUACAGAUCCAUUGCCAUUUGACGGAACCGAAAAAAAUCAACCUAACUUCACCACAAAAUGUCAAAAGCUUUCCCAGUUUACCAGGUGCCCACUGCCACCAGCGGGUUGCUUUUGCCCCUCCACUGUCGAAGUAAACUAUUCCUGCGUAAGUUAUCGCCUCUGAAGCCUUCCGUGGAUUUCGCUGGCUUUUUUUGCCAACGUGUGUGCUGUAACGACAUAAGAUAGAGAAAUAUUGUUGUAGCAAAUUGUCUUGCAUUGAAGUGUCCGUAUAUACACAGCAUGCACAGUGUGUGGCGCGGUCGUGCCCUCCAACGGAUGCGACGUACCCGUCAUUGAAUUGGUACAAACCAGUCCUGUUCUGGAAUUGAUUGGCUAUUGCAAAUAAACAUUUAAACUUCA